AUGUCAAUUUUUAUUGGUAUUAUAAAUUUAUUAUAUAUCACUAUUCAUGGACUUGGAAGUGGAUAUUUAGCAUGGUAUGGUGAAACAUAUUGUACUAAACCUAAAAUUAUCAUAUUUAUUGGAUCAUUUUCUGUCGCAUUAUGGGGAUCAUAUUGCAUUAGUGUACUUAUUUUACUUUUUAAUAAAUGUUUGGGAUUCUAUAAUAUUAAUUUAAAUAGAAUUGUUUUUGAUAAAACAAAUAUUUUAGGAUGGUUAAUAAUACCAAUUAUUUAUUCUAUAUAUUUAAUUAAUUUUACACCACCAUUAAUUUUUUCAACAUUAAAUAAUUCAUGGUAUUUUUAUCCAUAUAUAGAUCAUCCAAAACAUCAAAAUUCAAAUGUUCCAACAACAAACUUAAUUUACCUUUUAAAUAAUUAUUUUAUUGCUAUUGUUCCAACAAUUUUAUUAAUUUUUUAUAUCUUAAAAAAAGCAGGUGAAGUUAUGGCAAAUAAAAAAGCACCAAAAUUGAAGAAAAUUCCAAUUAAUAAUACAUUUAUUCAAACUAUAUUAUUAACAAUAAUUAUUUACUUAACAUCUAUAUUUCUUAUUAUAAUUCAUUUUAAUAGAAAAGCAGUACCUGGUAUUAUUUGUGAAAUAAUAAUUUUAUUAGCUAAUGGUAUACCAUCUAUUUUUUAUUUAAUUUUAAAUAGUAAAAUGAGAAAUGAUAUAUAUUCAAUAAUGCAUUAUACGCCAAAAAGUAAAACUCCUGUAAAAAUUAUAAAGAAAAAUAUAGAAUAUAAAUAA